AUGGAAGCCAAAGCUGUUGCCAGCCCAGCCCUUUGGUCCCAGGAGGAGGAGGCCUGUGAGCGGGACCUGCAGUGCGGCAGCGGGACGUGCUGUGCUGUCAGCCUCUGGCUGCGGGGUCUGAGGAUGUGCACCCCACUGGGGCAGGAGGGGGACGAGUGCCACCCCUUCAGCCACAAGGUCCCAUUCCUGGGGAAGCGCCAGCAUCACACCUGCCCCUGUUUGCCCAACUUCAGCUGCUCCAGGUUCCUUGAUGGCCGCUAUCGCUGCUCGCUCGACUUCAAGAACUUUGACUUUUAGGUGAUGGAGCUGUGAGUUUCAUCCCAGCCUGCAGCCCCCAGCGCCCAUUUCUCGCCCCUCUCUUUGCUCAGUGCACUGUAACCCCCCCCCAGGCAACCCUACAAGCACAUUUCCAAGGUAGACAGCAUUGCUACAAGCAAUGUGUAUGGGGAAACUGAGGCACGGUCAAGCGAAGCUGCUCUGGCACAUUGCUUAGCAAAGCUUUGCCCCCAGGGCAGAUGGAGGACAGCAAAUCUCUUUGACCUCCAAAAACCCUUUCAUGGAGCACAGCCUGCAUGCAGUGGAUGCUGUCAGCCAGAUUUCACCUCCAUCCUUUCUUUUACUGACGAAAUUUGGGAGGAGUGAACUCUCUGAUCCAACCUGCAAUUAAAAGAAACAUCUACCAAUUAGCUUGGCUAAUUAGGGGUUGGUUUUUUCCCAGGUGUUCAAGCUCUGGUGCAAAGCAUCAUGUAAUGUUAUAUGUUUAUUUGGGGGGGAGGGGAGUGGAUCUGACUGCUGCCCAAUGGGGGUCUGUGGGAUGUGGGGAGUUUUCUACAUCAGCCUCUAUUUCUGGUGGUCAAAUCUGAGGGGACACUGCAUCCCUUAACAUCCCUUAAAGCAGUGGCAGUGCUUGAAGGCAAAGCUGGCUGUGGGGCAUGGAAGUGCUUGGGGUCUGUCCCCCCCCUCCUCUUUUUGGUGCACUUUUAUGGGGUUUGGUGCUACUGUAGUAAUUGUUUCUGUUUCUAAGGAUGCCCACUGGAUGUCUGUGGCAGAUGCUGUGUUAAUGGAGAAUGUAAAAUAAACAAGACUGGGAGAAAGCUUCCCCACCCUUCUGUCUUCCCCAGUGAAAUAUUGUAUUUUGGGUGAAAAUAAAACAUUGCAAUGCCUGGGUUGAUUUUA